ACAGUGUUAGUGUAGAAUCUCUCAAGGCUAGCUGUAAUGCUGCUCAGUACGACAGUAGAAAAUUAUAGAAUACCGUCAAUACGAGAAAUCAACGGAAUUGACUAAGCUUAUGAUAAAUGUAUGCUGCUUAGUAAAUUGUUGACGGAUGUGAUGAUUUUACGAAUUCACGUGAAGAAUAUAGAGUAGAAAGAAGUAUUGAUUACGAUCGACGGGAGUCGUUGCUUGUCAGCAGAGGUUAACCAUAUGACAAUCUCGGAUCAGUGCAUCAUACACUAUUAUUAACUACAAUUUACGCGAUAAACCAUCAACCCUAAGCUAUUUCAAUGCUUUUCAGUAGCAGCAUUUUUGGAUGGAAAAGGCUUUGACAAGCAUUUUACACAAAAGACGCUACAAAAGAUGAAUAUCAUAUUUCGCUGUUUCCUUUUGCUGCUUCUUGCUCAGGCAGCCGAUUGCUCCGGAAAGCUGAAACUUGAAAUGAUAACAUUCAAUAACCCACAACACAGGUUACAUGAUGGCUCGUGCUGCGAUAUUAGCUUGGGCGCGUGUAAUGACAAUUGUGACAACUAUUUCAAGAUAUUCCUAAAAAGUCCAUCAUCAAAAGGGAGAUGCGACAUCGGUUAUACGGAGACAGACGAGCUUGGACAGGACAGUAUUUCGUUUGGCAGCAAAUUAGGAAAGUUCUCAAAUCCACUUGUAUACGAUUUUACCAAAUGGGAGGGAUCUUUCACUUUAUUGAUUGAAGUGUGGGACAAAGAUGGCGGUUUUAUCACAAGAGAAGAUGAUUUGACAGCCAGUUUAGACCGAAAUAUUGUGGCAGUAGCUGGACAAAAUGAAGCAUUUUCUGCUUCUAAAUCUAUCACUCUGAAAAAUCGAUAUUCGAAACUAGAUGUCAAAGUCAGAGUUUUCUGUAAUUCUGGGUUUCUAAUACCAUCUUGCCAAGAGCACUGCACGUUCACGAAUAAUAGCAAAGGCCAUUACAAAUGUGAUUUUGUAAAUGGUACGAAGAUCUGCCUUGAUGGAUGGUACGGUGACAAAUGCUUACAGAAAAAAAAAUCCUGCAAUCCUCGAGACGAUGUAUUUGGUCACUACAGCUGCCACCCAAUCACGGGGGACAUAGUUUGUCUUGCUGGAUGGAAAAAUGUAACCGCUAAAUGUUUGGAAGAAAUCGACGAAUGCCAAAGCAACCCAUGCUUAAACAGAGGGAUUUGCAAUGAUUUUAUAAAUAACUUCAAUUGUUCCUGCAAACCAGGGUAUACAGGAAGAAGAUGCGAGACCGAUAUCAAUGAAUGUUUAAGCAACCCUUGCAAAUUCGGCAGUUGUCAGCAGCCAACACCAAACAACUAUACAUGUCAGUGCUAUGCUGGCUACGAAGGAAAGCAUUGCGAAGCAGAUAUAAAUGAAUGCAAAAGCAACCCAUGCGGUAAUGGAAGUUGCUUUGACCUUGUCAGUAACUACAAAUGUGUAUGCAAUGCUGGUUACACAGGUUCUUCGUGUGAACACGAUAUCAAAGAGUGCCUGUCAUCCCCGUGCAAGAACAAUGCCACGUGCAUCGAUCAGGUUGCUGCGUAUAAAUGCAAGUGUUUAGUUGGAUUCACAGGAAGAAACUGUGAGACUGAAAUCAGGAAAGGUGGGCACACCAGCUCUGCAGAUUCGCAUCCUACCACAGCAGUCAAAGUUAAAAAGACAAAAAGCAUCGCAGCUUCAAGCUUCACAUCUAAAGUGUUACAAUCAAGCUGGCAAAUAAUAAAAACAAGAAACCUCGCUUCAACUAAACGCAAAACUGAAACAGAGGCUUUUCACAAAUCAAUGAUUAUUAGCAGAAUUGACACCACCGUUCGGCCUAAGGGCUCGGUAUUAUUUUCAAGUAGCACAGUUCAUCAGAGCAGUAUAACCAAAGGUGUUGACAGAACAAGUUCAUCUUUGGAAGGCUCUUCAAUCAGCUUGCGGGCAACCUUCUCGAAAGCCUUUAAAAGUGAGAGUAAAAGAAGAUCAGCAAUGACAACAGCAUUUAUAUCUUCAGCGAGUCAUUUUACAGAACAACAAAGCUCAGCUUUCUCGUUAAACAAAAAUAUCAGUAUCCAAAAAACAAGCUCGUUAAAUGAAAAUAUCAACAUUCAAAAAACAACCUCAGUGACCUUUGAUAACACUGCAGUUUCGAAAACACCUUCGAAUUUGACAAGCAACUUUAUCUUUGAAGUAAAAGCUACGGCGUCUGGAAUCCCUAUUGCAGUGACGUCAUCCACUUCCUUAGAACACAGGCCGCAAAUGAUGGAAGAAAUUCAAUAUAAGCUUGAACUGAAAGGAGAUAUUGCCAAAUGGAACAGAGAAAACCAAGAAGUCUUCAAGAAUGUAGUUUGCAAGGCAGCCGUUGAAUCAUGCAAAUAUGACGGUGGUUGUGCGCGGGCUGAUUCACGGUUUCCAUCUUUCUUCACUGAAGCUAAUCAAGAAAAAGACGGCUCUUUUAUCACGGUUAUGAAGCUCUUAUUGAACAACACAUUGCCUCACGAAAGGAAAGAUGCAACUCAAUGCCUACAGAUGUCAUUGCACAAAUCCACAGCAAACAUUGAAGCAGUGCUGCCAUUUGCAAUCAAAAGUGUUCAUUUAGUAGGUGUAGUUUCAUCGACAAGAUAUGACGCAACAAAGGGCCCUCUUUACAGUUCAAUGGCAGUUGUCAAGUCAGGAAAGAAAAACUCAUCGGCCUUUGGAAGUGACAAAAGCAAGCUGAUUGCUAUGUUAAUUGCGGGGCAUUUCUUUGCUAUAGUAGGGCUCUCCUACGCUGUACACUGGUUGCGAAAACGAAGUGCAUUAAUGCGAGUUGACCAGUCACCCAUCUUUGCUCGCGAGAAGGCAUUUAUCGGUGACCCAGUCUCCAAAUUAAAGCAGAAAAAGAGCGGGGGUGGAAUGAACAAAAAAAUCAAAGUACGAAGCUACAGCAACGGCAAAGAAGAAUUCACGGAGAGGGAAAAGCAUCUAAAAAGACCGUUAAAACUCGAGAAACUAAACAAACAGCCGCUCAUUGACGAUGAAGAGAAUUAUCUCGAGACCCUGUACAUCUAGAAAUCUGGUAGCCUCACCCUAUGGAAGUAACUUAUUUACGCUUACACCCUUGAUGCUCGGUCCAACUUUUUUUCGCAAUGGACGUCUUGAUGUAAAGGAAAGAAGAAAUGCAUCAAACACUAGGGACAGUCCCAUGUUGGGAUUUACAGGGAAGUGGGUUCUUGUUCGGGACAAGUCUGUAAAAUCAUUACAGUCUUUUAAAAAUUGUUAAAAUUUUCAUUUGUGGACAAAUAGAUAGGUAGAAUUUCAAUAGGUCGAUUUUCACUACUUUUGGUGACAGGUUUAAAUCUUUGUGAAGCAUUAGUAAUUAGCAAGUAUCAAAUGUGAAUAAUAUAUAUAAUGUUUAUAGUGAAAUUGUAAGCCUUUUAGAGCAGGGAUCUUUUUAUUACAAGAAGGCUGAAUAAAU